AUGGCGUAUUCGCGUAUUGCUCGAUGCAUCGCCACUUUUACUAAUCUUAUCUUCUUAUCCAUAGCUGUUUCUCUUCUUUUAAUUACUCUUCUAUCUGCAUUUAAUCCACCGAAACCUGUAGUUUCACCAGAAAGAGUCAACGAAUAUCCACAGUUUAUCGUAACUCUUCUUCUAAUCGGAUCCUAUUCAACAUUCCUAUUUGUUUUGUCUCUUCUUGGACUCGUUUCGUUAUGUUUUCUCAACUCCAUUCUUCUUUUCGUGUUCAUUCUCGGCCAAGUUGCAAUGAUGUUCAUCGUUGGAAUUUCCUUUGCUUUCACAUUGACCGUAAGAAAAAGACUACACAUGAAGCUGGAAGAUAUUUGGAAAAAUAAGCCCAACUGCCUAGAAGGUCAGCCAUGCAUUCCACUGGAUAUGUUCAGGAGUUCAGAGAGUCUUCUUAUUGUUUUCUUGCUCAUUUUCUUUGCGAUUCAGAUUAUCCAACUCAUAGCUAGUUGGUACCUAUGUGAACGAAGAUCGAGUCAAGAGAAAUACAAGUUACAAUUACAAAAAGCAGACGAAGAUGACGAGUAA